CAUAACCGGGCUGGGAGCCGGACCGGGCGGGACCCCACUGUGAUGCUUCCUGACUAAUGAUGUUAUAUCAGUGCCUAGAAGCCUGAGGCUGCAUUUCCAGCUGAACAUACCUGAGUUGUCCCCACUACCAUGGAGACUCAAAAGGAUGAAGUUGCUCAGGCCAAGGGAGUGGCAGCCUCUGGGGAUAUCCAGAACCAAGGGGCAGAUAAAGGAGCCAAGAACAAGGUACCUGAAGUGACAGAUGGGCCAGUGUCAGAGUUCUCCUCAUCAGGCCCAGGUAGGCUAAAGAAAACUGCCAUGAAACUCUUUGGUGGCAAGAAGGGUAUCUGCACUCUGCCUAGUUUCUUUGGAGGGGGACGAAGCAAAAGUUCUGGAAAAGGCAGCUCUAAGAAGGGUCUCAGCAAGAGCAAGACCCAUGAUGGCCUAAGUGAAGCAUCCCAUGGCCUUGAAGAUGUUGACAGUGAAGGAAUUGGCUUCUCCCUACCUUUGCCUGAAUCACCUUCCCAAUUUCCCAGCUCACUGAGUGCCCAUGGGGCUUUAGAGACAGGCUCCAGGCAGAAGACCUCUGUGACUAGAACCAUAGAGAAAGCUGAAGCUGAGAAGGUUCCCUCUGCAUCCAAGACAAAAAAAGGCCUAAAAGGUUUUUUUAGUAGUCUCCGUCGUCACCGGAAAAACAAGGUCACUGGAACUGAGCAGAGUGAUCCAAGGACCAAGGAGCCUGAGGAGACUAGAGUGAGACCUCAUGAGCAUGUAAUUUCAGCCCUUCUAUCCCACUCUGAUGAUAUCUUCAAAGCCCCUAUAAAGGAAAAUGCCAAACCCCAAGAUGUCCCUGAGCCAAAAGUUUCUCCAGUACCAGAGUCUUCUCCACUAGCUACUGAGAAGAUAGCCUAUAAAGAUCCAGAAAAAACCACUGAGGCCUGUGCCUCAGUACUUGUGCAGCCCAAGCCUGUCCCUGAAGCCAGUAGACUAGAGGAGCCUCACAGCCCAGAAACAGGGGAGAAGGUAGUGGCAGGAGAAGUGAAUCCACCCAAUGGUCCCAUAGGGGACCAACUGAGCCUCCUGUUUGGGGAUGUCACAUCCCUGAAAAGCUUUGACUCGCUGACAGGUUGUGGCGACAUUAUAGCAGAACAGGACAUAGACAGUAUGACAGACAGCAUGGCCUCUGGGGGCCAAAGGGCCAACCGAGAUGGUACUAAACGAAGUUCCUGCCUGGUGACCUACCAAGGAGGUGGGGAGGAAAUGGCCUUACCAGAUGAUGAUGACAAUGAGCAAGAUGAGGAAGAAGAGGAGGUGGAAUUAGAACAGGAAGAAGAACUCAAGGAAGAGGAAGAAGAUGAUGACUUAGAAUAUUUGUGGGUAAGUGCCCACAUGUAUUUAAGACCCAAUCUCAAUCUGAGCUACCAUCCUACCACAUCCCUAGGCCACCAGGGCUACAUGCUCCUUGACCCAGUACGGUCUUAUCCUGGACAAGCCGCUGGGGAAAUUUUGACUCCUCAGAGUGACCAGCAAGAGUCUGCCCCCAACAGUGAUGAAGGUUAUUAUGACUCGACCACACCUGGAUUUGAAGAUGAUUCAGGUGAAGCUCUGGGUCUUGUCAAUAGGGAUUGCCUACCCCGAGAUAGCUACAGUGGAGAUGCUCUAUAUGAGUUCUAUGAACCAGAUGACAAUCUUGAAAAUUCUCCACCUGAAGAUGACUGCCUUUAUGACCUCCAUGGUCACAGCUCUGAGAUGUUUGACCCCUUCUUGAACUUUGAGCCCUUUUCUUCCUCCCGGCCACCUGGGGCAAUGGAGACAGAAGAAGAACGGCUAGUAACCAUUCAGAAACAGUUGUUGUAUUGGGAGCUUCGGCGGGAGCAGCUUGAGGCCCAGGAGGCACGUACCCAAGAGACCCAAAGCAGGGAAGCCCACACCAAGGAAACCUAUACCCAAGAAGCUCACACUAGGGAGAACUAUGCCCGAGAGGCCCACACUUGGGAAGCUCAUGCCAGAGAGGCCCAGACCCAAGAGGCUCGUGGUCAAGAGGCUCAAGACCAAGACACCCAGACCUGGAAGGAGAAGCCCAUUUUAGAGUAUCAGAUGAGGCCAUUAGGCCCAUCAGUCAUGGGUCUGGUAGCAGGGGCAUCUCAGACUUCUCACAAGGGAACCAGCUCUGCUUUCCCUGCCACAGCAAGCAGUGAGCCAGACUGGAGGGAUUUCCGUCCGCUGGAGAAACGUUUUGAGGGAACCUGCUCCAAGAAAGAUCCAAGGACUUGCCUGAUGCAGCUUUUCCAGAGUGAUGCCAUGUUUGAGCCAGACCUGCAAGAAGCAAAUUUUGGAGGCUCUCCCAGGAGGGCUUACCCUACUUACUCACCCCCUGAGGAGCCAGAAGAAGAGGAGGUUGAAAAAGAAGGGAAUGCCACUGUGAGUUUCUCACAGGCCCUGGUAGAGUUCACCAGCAAUGGGAACCUCUUCUCUAGUAUGUCCUGCAGCUCUGAUUCUGACUCAUCCUUUACUCAAAACCUCCCAGAACUGCCCCCCAUGGUGACUUUUGACAUCGCAGAUGUGGAACGGGAUGGGGAAGGCAAGUGUGAAGAAAAUCCUGAGUUCCACAAUGAUGAAGACCUUGCAGCCUCCUUGGAAGCUUUUGAGCUAGGAUACUAUCAUAAACAUGCCUUCAACAACUACCACAGCCGAUUCUACCAAGGUCUGCCAUGGGGUGUGAGCAGCCUUCCUCGAUACUUGGGACUACCUGGCAUGCACCCUCGUCCUCCACCUGCUGCCAUGGCCCUCAAUAGGAGAAGCCGCUCACUCGACACUGCAGAGACUCUGGAGCAGGAGUUCUCCAGUUCUCACCUGGCUCAAGGAUACCUGGAGUUAGAUGAGCUUCAGGCCCAGCAGGAAGAUUCAGAUGAAGAGGAGGAAGAAGGGGAAUGGGGUCGAGUCAGUCCCCUGUCCCUUUAUACUGAGCCCCCAAGGGGCUAUGACUGGCCUGCCUGGGCUCCCUGUCCUCUUCCAAUGGGGCCAGUUCCUUCCUGGAUAAGUCCUAGCCAGUUGGAUAGGCCUUCAAGCCAGUCUCCAUAUGGGCAGACAACUUGUUGUGUACCUCCUGUGACCAUGUCAGUGUCGCUGGCAGGGUCAGACUCUAGGGCACCUGGGGAAUCUGGGCCUCAUCUAGCUCGGCCUUCUCACCUACCCCUGCCCAUGGGCCCUUUCGUUAACCUCCAGCCACAGGCCUCUCAGAGCAUAAGGGCCAAGCCUCGAGAUGUGCUGCUAUCUAUUGAUGAUCCCAGUUGCACCUCCAGUUCUGAAGGCCCUUUGCUCCAGGCAAAGCCUGUGGGCAUCACCCAUGGCAUCCUUCAGCUGCCUAGGGUCCACCCUGAGCCCCUCCAGUCUCAGCCCACUCAUUAUGGGGCUUCCAGCCUUGACUUGUCAAAGGAGAGGGCUGAGCAAGGUGCCUUGCUCCCUACCAGCUACUCCUCCACUGCCAUGAAUGGAAACCUAGCCAAGUAGUCAUCAUCAAUUCCAGUGUAGGGGUAUGGAGACUGAGCAUGUGAAUGGGGAUCAGGGGUUGGGCAGAGGGGUGGGGGUGGGGUUGCUGUUUAAC